GUUGCCAGUUGUGUCAGUGAUGCCAGUUGCACGUUGCUUGUUGCCAGUCAGUCCAUCAAUCAUUUAGCUUCAACUCCAACUCCUGCAACCUCCAUAUCCACGGAUAUAUAGCGAUCCACAGAUGCACAGAUCCAAGAAGCGGUUUCAUUAACAGCCGCUCGUCAAGUGCUUUUUUCGGGCUCAUUGUUGCAUUUUGUCCUACGAUCGCCGACGGCGCAGCCUUCAAAGGCAUUCCACUGGCCAGUCGCUUUAUCUGCAUUCAUCAGUCGCCAAACAAAACAAGUCAACUGGCUUCAUUUGUAAUGGAUCUCCGUCGCAAUGGAGCAGAUGGAGCUGGAGCUGGAGCUGGAACUGAAGAUGGAGCUGGAGCUGAAGCUGAAGCUGGAGUUGAAGUUGACUCCUGGCCAAGUUGGAGGCGGCUGCGCAGUAGUCAGGCCACUGAUUGCCUUGCAUUAAUCAUCGCGGGUCGGCACAUGGAGCUGGGAGUGGAUCACAAAGCCAUACACUCGACGAAGGGAAGUGCUUCGUUUCCAAAAUGUAUCGCAAAAGAUCAAAUGCACAGAUCAUAGGCAUUGCUUUUUCCACAGUGUAAGCUUAACAGUUUAGGCCGCAAAACUGUUUCCAGCUACUUACAACACGAACAAAUCUCAUUGUUGUAAUUGUUGUUGCGGCUUCCAGAUCGCUUGGGUUCGGUUUUCAUAAUGAUCAUCUCGAGAUACGCCGCCCGUGUAAAUCGAUCGCAGCUCAUUAGACACUUGGCAAUCGAACGUAGGAAGGGCUCUGCGGUCUGAAUUUUUAUGUAAUCAAGCGCUUAAACAUUUACUUUUAACAAAUUUACAAUAAUUUAUAACAUUAUAACAUUUUGCGGCCGCCAAUGAGUGGAAAUCCGAGAGCCAGCGAGGGCGGCUUUUGAUAUGGUUUUCAUGGGUUUAUGGGAUUUUGUUUGCUGUGCAACUGCUGUGCAACUGCAACUGCAACUGCGGCUAGGCAAUCGAGCUAAAUGCCUUGGUUGGGCAAGUUAGAUGAAUGUCUCUAUAUCGAUUGCAGUUGCUAGUGGCUGCGUUUUGAGCGCAACUGUACUUGGUUUCGUCUAGUGAUGACGUGACAAGUCAAUGGUUGGUAUUUCCAUAACCUAAGCCACUUAUGUUGGCAUAAAGCUGAAGGUUUCUUGGCUACAGCAAAAUUACAAGCUGCGGCUGAAAUCCAUUUAUCCGCUAUAUUAAUUGUCUUGGACCUCCUGCAUUCACCUCACACUUUGCGGCCGCCUUUCCUUUGACUUUUGCCGGCAAACCGUGCCAACCAUGGCAUCCAUGCCACCCAACGCCCAACUAAUUGCAUUUUGAUUCGGAUUGAUCAUAGAUCUGUGGCAGCUUCAGGGUGGCUCGACUCCAACUCCAACUCCAACUCCAAGUGGCAGUGGCCCAAAUGCAUAUAUGCCAACAUUAUUCAUGGCCGGGCUGCUGCGUUGGCGGCCAGGCCCAGAAUGAGAGAUGCUAUCGCCAGCAGAACUCUAGUAACUCCCAGAACUGCAAGAACACCAAGAACUCCAAGAACACCAAGAACUCCAAGAACACCAAGAACACCAAGAACUCCAAGAACUGCCAGAACUUCAAGAACUCGAAGAACUGCGGCAACAAAGAGCCAGAGCGAGUGCACAGUAGCCACAUUCGGCUAAAAGAUUUCGAUAAAAAACAAACGCAGGCAGCCAGCUGCCGAAGUCGAUUCCAGAUGCCCAGCGAAAGGAGAUGAGAUGCCCGUCUUCAUUAAUAACUCUUGCAUUGAUCAUUAAUUUACCCGCGUUUCAUUAAUCGUCGCCCUUCAGUCGCACCACUGUGCCCUGUUCUUGGCCAAAGAAGUCGCGUUGCGGCCAAGAGUUUGGGCCAAGUGUUAAGGCCAGUAGCCGUUGAUGGUACAAAAUGUGUGCAAUUGCAUUUCGGUGGCGGCGGAGGCGGAGGGCACGUGCUGAUCUCGCCCAGAGAUUGCGCUCAAUUAGUGAGCGGAAAAUUGUGAAAAAGGAGGGAUUUUUGAAACUGAUACAAAACAGUUUUUCUUUUGCCUAAAUUACCACUUUUAGCCAACUUAUGAAAUAGUUUUCUUAAACUGUCAAAAACUUAUAUGGCUAUUUUACCCAAGCUGUGAAGAAAAAGCCUCAAUAAACAAUACAAAAUUGUCUCAAUA